AGAAUAUGGCGGGACCCUUCCCUAAAUAUAAUGGACCUGUGGACACUAAAGAUUUCCAAGGGAACCACUGAUGCCCAAGUUAUAGGAGAGAUCUAGUUCUGUGUGUGAAAUCAGUGUGGUUAACCAACAGUAGCACAAGGGCCAAUCUGAGAGCAAAGAGUCCUCUCUGGAGUAAAAUAUGGCGGGACCCUUCCCGAAAUAUAAUGCACCUUUGGACAUUAAAGAUUCUCAGGAGAAUGAUGGCUCUAUCUUCAGAUCAUUACCAUCAUCUUAUUUACACCCGUCUGGAAGUGAGGGAAGUGCAGACCCCAGUGAUGGGAAUACAAUUACCCCUACCACGAGUUCACUUCUACUGACAAUGGAAACUACCUUUCAUGGAGUAACAGAAACGCACUAUGUGAGAGAAGAGUCGCGUAACGUAACCACUUACGAUGAGGGAGGUACAGACCCCAGUGAUGGAACUGAAAUUCCCCAGCCCAGGAGAUGUGAAAUGGAAAUGGACUCUCGCUAUCAUAAAGUAACAGAAAGGGACUAUGGGAGAGAAGAGCCUUUUAAAGUAACCCCUUAUGAAUCAUUACCAUCAUCUUAUCCAAACCCGUUUAUAAGUGAGGGAGGUACAGACCCCAGCGAUGGGAUUGAAAUUCCCCAGACCAGGAGCUGUGAAAUGGAAAUGGACUCUCGCUUUCAUAGAGUAACAGAAAGGGACUAUGGGAGAGAAGAGCCUUUUAAAGUAACCCCUUAUGAAUCAUUACCAUCAUCUUAUCCAAACCCGUUUGGAAGUGAGGGAGGUGCAGACCCCAGUGAUGGGACUCAAGUUAUCCAGACCAACAGCUGUGAAAUGGUAAUGGACUCUCGCUAUCAUAAAGUAACAGAAAGGAACUAUGGGAGAGAAGAGCCCUUUAAAGUAACCCCUUAUGAAUCAUUACCAUCAUCUUAUCCAAACCCGUUUGGAAGUGAGGGAGGAGCAGACCCCAGUGAUGGGAUUGAAAUUUUCCAGACCAAGAGCUGUGAAAUGGUAAUGGACUCUCGCUAUCAUAAUGUAACAGAAAGGGACUAUGGAACUGAAGUAACCCCUUAUGAUCCUAGGCGGGGCCCAUAUCCUGAUUACCCAGACAUAAAAAAGUUGAAAGAGCAUCUUUUUGAUAUUGUCUCAAGAGGCAGCGCAGCAGAACUGGAAGAACUCAGACUCCUGCCUUUCUUAUUGCAUGAGAAGAAACAGCUGACGGAUGAAGAAUUUCUAGAAGACUCCACAGGCAAGACUUGUUUAUCCAAAGCUCUAAUGCAUCUGAACAACGGCAAAAAUGACACCAUCCCAAUCCUGAUCUACAUUGCUACAAUAACAAUAAAUGUUCCACAAUUUAUUAACUCACCCUUCUUAAAGUAUUAUGAUGGCCAAACCGCUCUGCACAUAGCCAUUGAGAGGCGCUGUAAGGAUUAUGUUGAGUUGCUGGUACAAAAUGGGGCUGAUGUUCAUGCUCAGGCCAAAGGGCGUUUCUUUCAACCCAAGGAUGAAGGGGGAUACUUCUACUUUGGUGAACUUCCCCUGUCCCUUGCCGCUUGUACCAACCAGCCUGAUAUUGUGGACUAUUUGACAGAGAAUGUUUAUAAUAAGGCAGAUUUAUGUCGUCGGGAUUCACGUGGUAAUACAGUUCUGCACGCCUUGGUUGCUAUAGCAGACAAUACGCCUGAAAACACCAAAUUUGUCACUGAGAUGUAUGAUCAUUUGGUCAUUAAAUGUGCUAAGCUGAACAAAGAGAGUAGCUUGGAGACCGUCACCAACAAUGACAAGAUGUCACCUCUCAUGAUGGCAGCCCAAUUGGGAAAAAUAGAUAUAUUCCAGCACAUCAUCCAACUUGAAAUAAAAGAUGAAGAAGCUCGACACCUCUCACGGAAGUUCCGGGAUUGGACAUAUGGCCCUGUGUAUUCUUCACUUUAUGACUUGACUACGCUGGAUACCUAUGAGGAUGGGGAUUCCGUACUUGAAAUACUGGUUUAUAAGAGUACAGCUAAGAACCGCCAUGAGAUGCUGGCAGUGGAGCCCAUAAAUGAACUAUUAAAAGAAAAGUGGAAGAAGUUUGGUGCUGUUCUUUUCUACCUCAGUUUUUUUGCCUAUCUCUUUCUCAUGAUCAUCUUCACAUUAGUUGCAUAUUACCGACCCAUGGAAGGCACGCCCCCUUACCCUUACAGAACAACAACGGAUCACUUGAGGCUUGUAGGAGAGAUCGUUAUUCUGCUGGUUGGGAUAGUCUUCUUCAUUGCCAAUAUAAAAGAUCUUAUUAUGAAGAAGUAUCCUGGGGUAUAUUCUCUAUUUACUGAAGGAUGCUUCCAGCUGCUUAAUUUUAUCUACUCUGUGCUGGUCCUUCUCACAGCGAUUCUGUACCUUGCUGGUAUUGAAGCUUACCUGGCCGUUAUGGUGAUUGCUUUGGUCUUGGGCUGGAUUAAUGCGUUAUACUUUACAAGAGGCUUGAAGCUCACUGGGAUGUACAGCGUUAUGCUUCAGAAGGUCCUGUUUAAAGAUUUAUUUCGCUUCCUGUUGGUGUACCUGCUCUUUAUGGUUGGAUAUGCAUCAGCUUUGGUAUCCUUACUGAAUCCAUGCACCAAUGAGAUGAUAUGCAAUGAUGGACAAGAAAACUGUACUGUCCCAGAAAAUCCUUCCUGCCAACACAGCACCACAUUCAGCAGAUUACUGCUUAACCUCUUUACAUUGACCAUUGGGAUGGGAGACCUAGAGGUGAUCAGCCAUGCCAAGUACCCUGCAGUCUUCAUCAUUCUGUUGGUGACAUACCUCAUCAUCACCUUUGUUCUCCUCCUUAACAUGUUAAUCGCUUUAAUGGGAGAGACCGUUGGGGAGGUGUCCAAGGAAAGCAAGCAGAUCUGGCAACUGCAGUGGGCUACCACAAUCCUAGAUAUAGAGAGGUAUCUUCCAGCCUUCAUGAGGAAAGCCUUCCGCUCUGGAGAAGCGGUAAUUAUUGGACUAAAACAGAAUAAAGAGCAGGAUGAACGCUGGUGUUUUAGGGUUGAUGAGGUGAACUGGUGCCACUGGAAACAGGAUAUUGCCAUUAUUAAUGAGGAUCCUGGAAGGUGCAACUUGCAGAGAGAUCGACCGUUAGUGGGGAAGCAUAAAGCUGACCAACAUUCAGAAGAUACCAUGGUGCUUCUUGAAAAAGACCCACAAGCCCAGACUCAUAAGAAGAACUGGAGAAAUAAUGAAUCACAAAUAUAAGUGAAUGUGGCACAGAGAAGUGCUCUCAGACGUGGCACAGGGCGCAGCACUUCCAUAUUAACUGCUCUAGCAUUGUGACAUACUGUAUUUUUCAAGUCUUCGCAAUGCUUUUUGUAUUAUCAGAAUUAUUUAGUAAAGAGGAACCUGACCAAAAUAAAACUUACAUGGCUUUUAAAGUGCCACAGGUCAUAGAUUCUACAGUCUGUGGAUAAAGGUAACAAAGAUCAUAAAUUCUGCAUUCUCUGGCACUUUCAGAUUUGCAGACAUUUUAUUGGCUUUUGAAGUAAACUGCUUAAAUUAUGCAGAACCUUACAGGUAAAUAGGGUUGCCCUUCGGGUGGGGGGAUAGGAGGUGAUGUGACACGGGGCGGGGAAAUGGGCAGAAUGGGUGGGGCAAUGGGAGUGGGCAGGAAACAGGCGGGGCAUAUGCAGGAUGAUCUGUAUAAGGGGGACUCCGGCAGCAGAGAGGGUCAGGGAAGGGAGGGAUUUAUGGGGUAUUACAAAUUUAUCAGCAAGUACAUUGCCUGGCCUUAGCUGGUGAUUUACCGGCUGGGCUGGUCAAAUCCCUGCAUGGUGGCAACCCUACAGGUAAAGUGAAGAGCAGCGCUGAUGUUUGUUCCUGGGACCCUUUUGUCUCAUAAGCCAAUGACAACAGCGCCCAGGUAACAAUAAUAACUACCACGCUCUUUAACCCUGACCCCCCCAGAGUAACCCCUCACUCCUCCUGGGCACAUGGAAUUCAUUGCCGGCACCAACUGAAAACUGCACCCUACCACCUAAAAAUACAAGUAACUGUUUUCCAUAGUUUUUUGUUUUGCACAGCCAUAAUCACACUUUUACAGACAGACAAAAGUGAAUUUUAAUUCUUGAUCAGUGCUCUACACUGGUGGGUCUGGGAUUCUGACCUUGGCUCUUACUGUGAAGCAAUGAUUUUUGUAUUGUGCUUUUAGUGCUGCAAAGGUUAAUUAUGCAGUGAGUUUAGUGCAUUAUAGCUUUAAUUGCUUAUUAUUUCUUCGAGGGUACAGUGAGAGUAGUAAAUCAGGAAUUCUGAUUUCCAAUCUAACUGCGUGUUUUUUUUAUAUUGUUUCCAGGAUUUAUGAUUUAAUUGAUUGCUGGUACCAGAAAGGACCUGGGCAUAAUGGGAGCUCAAGGCAUUAGACGGAGUUCAUUUUUUUAACCCAAGAUUGUAAGCUUUAAGGCAAGUGUAGUAUUACUCUGCCAGUUUUGUUAAAUUUUCAAGGGUUAAUUGUGGGUUUAUUGAGGUUACAGUCAGGUUUCUUUCUUGCUUCUGGCCAGUGUUUAUGUUGUUAUCGUAAUCACUUGCUUUUAUUGACUAGAGAUAGUUGAUAUGUGGUCCCAAAGACCUCCAGUAUAGUAAAAAUAUAUACUGAUUGGAUUUGGGUGGGUUGGGCAAAUGGCAAUACAAGCUAUGUAAUUGUUUUUAUUUUAUUUUUUUUAAACAUUGCAAGCAAUGUUUGUAUAUACAGAUACAUAUAAGAAAAUAAAUAUAUUU